CAAACAUGUACAACAGUUCCUUAUUCGGUGGACAUUUGUGUGAUCGGAUCAGGUCUUUCAGGUGCAAUGGUGGUCCAUCGAUUGACAAAACAAAUAGAAAAUAUGUCAAAAAGUGCAAAAAAGCCAACGAUUCUUUUAUUAGAUGCACAAAACUUAUGUGAAGGUGCGACCGCACGUAACGGUGGACAUUGCAAGCCAUUGAAUUACCUUGGCUUUCGUGCAGAUGCAAAACGAUUAGGAGCAAAAGCAGUAAAUGAACUUUAUUCUUUUGAAUCUUCACAAAUUCAUAAUUAUGUCGAUUUAAUUCGAUCGGAAGACAUUGAUUGUGAUUUACAUGUCACCCGUGCGGUCGAUGUCUUCUUCGAUAAAGAGGCGGCAAAAGAAGCAAAGAUGGACUUUGAUAAACGUAAACGACUAUUCCCGCAAAGUGUAAAGAAUGAUGACGUCCAUGAAAUUAAAGAUAAAAACGUUUUGAACAAAAUGGCAGGCACGAUUGGAGGUCAAUGGGGAUGUCAUUAUUUAGCAGGUCAUCUUUGGCCAUACAAAUUAGCAACUGCAUUGAUCCUUAAAUCUAUCAAACGUGCAAAUGGAAAUUUUAACGUGAUGACAAACAAACCUGUCAUUCAAAUCAAACAAAAGCCUAAUAUUUCACAUCAAAUCUUCUUGGAAUCAGGUUCAUUCCAUGCACAGAUUGUAAUCGUUUGUACGAAUGCUUGGACUUCGGGUAUCUUACCGCAGUUUAAGGAUAAGAUCGUUCCUGUAAAAGGUACCGUGGCCGCCAUCAAUCUCUCAAAGAACCAUCAAAUUGGCUCAGAAGCACAUGGAGGUGAAGGAAAAAUGCAUCUUACUUAUGGCUUACGUGUCGAUCAGAUGGACUAUAUGAUCGUUCGUCAAGGACGCGGUAGAGUUCCAGGCGUUGGCGAUCAAAGUGUGAUCUUGGGAGGUGGUCGUUCGGUAUAUGCGAAUGAAGUUGAGAAAUGGUACAAUAAUAACGAUGAUUCCACUCUUUUACCAAACACAAAGUCAUACUUUUCCUCUUUCAUGCCCCAAUUUUUCAAGAAUUGGAAGGAAGGCAGUCCUGAAGGACAACAAUCGGGUAAGCUGCAAUCUAUUUGGACGGGCAUAUUGGGUUAUUCUCAUGAUCUUUUGCCAUACGUGGGCAGGGUAGAUCAAGGCAUUUAUGUCUCUGCAGGUUUUACCGGUCAUGGAAUGCCGCGUAUUCCUGCUUGUUCUUUUGCUAUCGCCGAUAUGGCCUUGUCA